AUGAAGGAUUCAAACGUCCCUACGAUGGAGGAUACUCCUUGGGUGGCUCAGAUUACCGCUCGCCUUAAGGAGCGUAAUUUAAAGCAGUCUUCACUUUUUGAAGGCAUCCUUAAGAACUGUGCGUUCUCGUUUAGCCCUUAUGUUUAUGAUACCAACCUCAAAUUCAGUGUCCUUCAACUUUCCGAAGAGAAUGCAAGGUUGACUUUGGAAAAUCGCUCUUUGCAGGCCAGGGCGGCUGAGUUUUCCCUUAAAAAGGAGAAAUCUUACUCUCAACAAUACUAUGAUUACGAACAAAAGGUCUUUCGCCUUCAGGAAGAGGUUACAGAAAUACACAGAGCAAAAGGAAUACUUUCUCAAGAACUUUUGGACGCCAACAAGAUCAUUCAAGAAAAGGAAAAAUCUCUUCAAAAGGUUGUUGCAAGUAAUGCUGAGCUUGAAGAGAAGAUUAAGGAAUUGCAGAGCAUAAACUUGGUGGUUCAAGAAAAGCAAGAAUCUCUUGAGCACUCUAAUCAGUGUAUUCUUGAUGAACAUUCAGCAACCUUACUCGCCUAUAAUACACUAAAAAAUAAGACAAGACAACUUGAGGAAGAUAACCAAAGACUGAUGCAGCAACUAAAAACACUACAAGAUAAAUUAGAAGAACUAGAAAAUCAAGAAUAUGAUAUUCAAUUUAGAUUGAUUAAAGAGUCUGCAAUGAAUUUUGUUGCUACUCUCCCGAAGAUGCCCUUGUGUAAGAUUGAAGCUAAUGAAAGGGAUGUUUACGCAGUGCGUUUCUCUCCCACCGGACGAUUAUUCGGCUCUGGUGGCUUCGACAGAAAAGUUAGGCUGUGGACUCUAACCCAAAUCAGUAAACCUGAAUUGCGCUCUGCGCUGGUUGGCUGUAAUGCAGGUGUUACUGCAAUUGAUUUUGAUCCUGAGGUAGAUCCAAAGGAAACUGCCAUCUUGGGCGCUUCAAAUGACUUUUCAUGCCGCGUGUGGACUCUUUCCGAUUUCAGAUUGCGUAUAAAUUUGACCGGUCAUUCCGACAGAGUUUUAUCAGCGAAGUUCAUAGGCGAACCCAACAAAGUAGUUACUGCUUCAUCGGAUAGGACCCUAAAGGUAAUGUCCUAA